AUAAGAUAUGAGUUAAAAGCUUAAAAUUAGAAAACCCGCUCCAGAUUUCACAGCCCAAGCUUACUUGAAUGGAUCAUUCAAGAAGGUGUCCCUUUCCGAUUUCAAAGGCAAAUACUUGGUCUUAUUCUUUUAUCCAUUGGACUUCACUUUUGUUUGCCCAACUGAGAUCAUUGCCUUUUCUGACAGAGCAGAAGUACUUAUCUCGUUCUUAACACACUCCAUAGGAAUUCAGAAAGAUUGGAUGCGAGGUUGCUGCUGUUUCAGUCGACUCACAUUUUUCUCACAUGAAGUAUUGCCAAACCCCAAGAAAUCAAGGCGGAUUGGGCGAUAUGCAAAUUCCUUUGAUUGCUGACAUUGCAAAGGUAAGGGAUUUUCGUAAAGAAUAUUCUAGACUAUUUCUGCUGAUUAUGGAGUUCUGAUCGAUGACCCUUAAGAUGGAGAUUUCGGAGUGGCAUUCAGAGGCACAUUCAUAGUUGACAAGAAUGGUGUUCUCAGACACUAUUCAGUCAAUGAUUUGCCAGUCGGAAGAAAUGUCGAUGAAACAUUGAGGUAAUGAAUGACGUAGAUACAAUUUCUAGAUUGGUAUAAGCCUUUUAAUUCACUGACGAACACGGCGAGGUGUGCCCAGCCUCAUGGAAACCAGGAAAACCAACAAUGGUUCCUGAUCACGGAAGCUAAAAGCUGUAACAAUAUUGGACAGAAGAACACGCAAAGAAAGAAUGAUUGAGUCAUUUAUUAUAUCAAAAUUUAUAAAAUUGUUCUUCA